AUGGAUUUUGAAGAAACCUCGGAAAUUAUUGUGGGAAAAAGGGCUGGGGGUUAUGUGAUCCAUAAAUAGUACUUGGCGCUUAUUUUGACAACAAUUCUGGAUCUAUACUGUACUAUUCACCCUUUUAGCAAUUGAAGAACUGUUGCCAUCUUGUAAGGAAGUGCUGAAGAGAAACAGGUAAAUGGAGUUUCUUCAUAAUGUCACUGUAUAUACUUUAACGUAAUUGCCUUGUAGGGAGAACAGUUAUAGAUAUACCUUUGAAGUAUUAAGAAAGUUAGUUUAAUUUUAGUUACUGCUACAUUAUUUUCCCAACAUUUCUAUAACUCCUUAUAUACUCUAUUCAGCUCACUCUCCAACGGUGUUUACAAACUACGAAAUAAUGAAUCACUCGAAGAAUAUUCAGUUUACUGUCACAUGACUGAAAUACCUGGAUGCGGGACAGGAGGCUGGACACUAGUGAUGAAAAUGGAUGGCAACAAGGUAAAGAUCAUGUAAGGUGAAAAUUAAUUUUAAGGAUAGUGAUAAAUUAAUAAUUAUAUACAGAAUAAAUGGUCAGUUUCAUUUGCAGAAUGAAUUCAACUACAGCUCUUCUUACUGGACCAACAAGGAAACCUACGCAGUUGAAGAUGGACUUGAAGGUUUGAAUGAAAAACAAACAAAACUUGCUUCUUACUGGAACACACCGUUUAACAAAAUAUGCCUCGGAAUGAAAGUCAGCGGUGUUACACAAUGGAUUGUGAUCGACCACCAAGCAAGUUCGCUGUUCAAUGUAAUCGCAGGCGAAAAUUUCAUAGCAACAACCGUUGAAAAGAACGCAUGGAAGUCACUGGUCAAUGAUUCAAAUUUGCAAAACAACUGUAAUCAACAAGGGUUCAAUAUAGACAAGGGAAAUAUAUACUAUGCAUUUGCUUAUAACAAAGUACGGAUUGGAUUAGUGGCAAAUAAUCAAAACAACUGCAAGAGUUGUGACUCGUGUAUUGGCUUCGGUACUUCGGUACGUGGAUGUGAUGGCGAUGUGAGAAAUUCCGCGUGCGGUAAUAUAAUGGCUUUUUGUACUGAUCCAAAAAAUGAUACGGACACUGCAGCGUUUGGAUAUAUACUUGUACAGUAGCGUCGCAAUAAUACUCGGGACUAUUACUCAGACAUAUACUUCACGCCCAUGCGUUAACGUUAAAAGUUAGAGAUUUGUUUGUUUUUAUAGUAUUUAUCGUAUUUAUAGUAAUUAUCGUAUUUAUUGUAUGUAUAGUUAAAAAAAUCACAGGAACAACAGCUGAAAGGGUCAUGCAGAUCAUGUAAUUAUUCAAAAUACAUGUUAUGACAUAUGUAUGGGAAAAUAUAAGAAAAAACAUACCGUAUCUAUAUGUACCAGAUCCCGGACAAAGAUGGAAUGAUUAGACGAUUAUAUAUAUAUUAGCAAUAGAAUAGUAUAGGAGUAUUUUUAAUGGUGGACAUUGAUUGGGAAUAGUGAGUUUUAAUAUAUAGACACUAUAUAUUAUAGCUUCGAA